AUGACUGACUUCGGACGCCAAUCUGCCACCGACAAGGCUGGAUCUGCCCUCAAGCCCGACUCCCAGAAGUCCACCACCGAGCAGCUCGGAGACAAGAUCAAGAGCACCGGCGACUCUGCCGCCUCGACCGCCCAGCCCGAGAGCGAGAAAUCGUACGCCCAGCAGGCGACGGACGCGCUCAGCGGCAACUCCAACGAGAACUCCGGUUCGAUGCUCGACAAGGCCAAGGAUGCUGUCGGCAUGGGCAACACUAAGAACAACAAUGCUUAAGCGCUUUGGCUAUUAGCUUAUAACCAGCGUGGAUGUCUGUGACUCGUAUGUAAUAUAUCAGGAAUGGACAUGUACAUUACUAGAACACUAUAGUCACUAUAAACCCAAGCGCGAUCACUGACGACGUACAUGCAAC